UUAACUCGAAUGUUUUGUUGUCGUAGUUGUCAAUAUGGACAUUUGUUUGGUUGUCAGUGUCAGAUGAUUUGCUUUACACUAAUAAAUACUUAAUGGCUUAUUACAAUUCCUGAAAUAGUAUAAAUUAUUGUGAAUUAGUGACCGAAUUACGUGCCAAAUCGAACUAUCGAUCAAAUAUCACCAUUAUUGAAUGCUGCAUAGAACACGUCAUUGUUUCCUAAGUGACAUUCACAUUGUAGCUAAUUUACCGAAGUGGACAUGGCUUCAAGCAGUUCGGAAGUGAAGGAAAGCACUAGUAGAGGAGACGGAGGAGAUAGACCAAACACGAAAGAGGACGAUAGAAAAGAGGACAAUCUACUUGAAUGCAAUAUAUGUCUGGAUACGGCUAAGGAUGCUGUGGUCAGUUUAUGUGGCCAUCUGUUUUGCUGGCCUUGCUUGCAUCAGUGGCUUGAAACUAGACCAAAUAGGCAGGUAUGUCCUGUUUGCAAAGCUGCAAUAAGCAGAGAUAAAGUGGUGCCAUUAUAUGGAAGGGGAAGCACGCAACAACAAGAUCCUAGAGAGAAAGUGCCCCCAAGACCGGCAGGUCAAAGAACCGAGCCUGAAUCUGGAAAUGGCUUUUCAGGCUUUGGCUUUGGGGAUGGAGGUUUUCACAUGUCUUUCGGGAUUGGAGCGUUUCCUUUCGGGUUUUUCACCUCAACUUUUAACUUCGGAGAGCCAAGACCGAAUGUGCCUGCACAAGGGACCCCGCAGUAUAUGGAAGAGCAGUUUUUAUCUAAAGUGUUUCUAUGGCUUGCUCUAAUCUUUAUAGCCUGGUUAUUAUUGGCCUAGUAUCAGUCAUUGGAUUCAGUGUAAGUCAGCGAUAUCAUUGAUUGGUAGUUUUGUUAAUUUGGUGAACUUUGGUAAAUUGAUUUGGCAAAGGAAAUUUUGUAAAUAGAGGUUUUCCUUUUCCCGUCUACUUGGGCUGGAACAUAUAAAGCUUUAAUUAAAACGAUAUGUCGCAAAGUUACAUUCCAAAUGUUCGCGUAGAUAAACACUGAUCAAAGUUACACUUGGCUGGAAAUGUGAUGGUCUAAGGAUCUCUGAGAGUUGAAUAAUUGAGGUUGUUCAUUCAAAUCACUACUAUCUUCUAUGUAAAUGCCUCCUUACUUUUAGGAUAAAUGUGCGCCCUUUCAACAUUAUUUUGGUAGAUGUGCAAUUGUUAGAAUAGGAUCUAGAUGUUAUAUAUAAACCUAUAAAACACACUGUUUCAUUGUUGGUCAAGCUGCUAAUUUAACAAAAGUUUCAGCAGUUUUCUCAGUGAUUAUGUGGCAUAUGUCAAGUCUAAUAAUUGCAAAUAUAUAAUGGUUGUUAA